GUCGGUCGGUAUAGUAGGGGAUGGAUUUGCACGCGGAAAGCCCUGGACGAGGUCAGCUGUUUACCGCCGCCACUUGUUUGGACACAACUCGUGUUUACAAAACAACGUUCGCAAUUAUUGUUCCCAAAAUAUUAUCGUACGAUUUUAUUGCGGUCGCGGUACGGCUCGUUCCGACACUACACGGUGCAGUGUACCGAUAUUCAGCUUCAGUCAUACUGUUAACGGUGACCGAAACGGUCGAAUAUUACGCGAGCGCGCGCCAGACACAACGCGACGGUUUGACAUUAUUAUAAUAAACAUUUUGUGUAAACGCGGUAUAUCGUUAUAAACAAUAAUUGUAUAUAAUAUAGGUAUACUAUUAUACAUUUCGAAUUUUUAAUAUCGUACGACGCGUGUUACGUUCCGUGUAGUGCCCACCCGACAAGUACACCUCGACGCGCGUGCAUAACAAUAAUUAAUAAUCGAUAAUCGUAUUAUUGAAACAUUUGUCAAUUUUCGCGUGUGCGCGGCGCUUAUUUUCCAAUCGUUUCGAUACACUCGACGGCCGAGAGCGGAAAUUACAAUAAUACACUGAGGCGGUUUUUCGUUACGGUUUUUUGCUCGCGACGACAUUAAACGCGCUCUCAGUUAAUUGUGUUUUCGCGUCGUGGCCCACCGUUCAAGAGUUUUCGCUCGCGAGAUUAACAUAGAAAAACGACAGACGUACUUCAUUUUUAUCGGUAUUCGGUGAUUUUCGUUCAAUCAUGUUCAACUUGUUCGCGUGCGACUUGUACUCAAUCGCGGUGACCGUGCUGCUGGUGCUCGUGCUCCUUUACUCGGUGUUCGAAGUCCACUAUUUCGCCCGAACGUUCUGGUGCACGAUCACGUGCAAGCUGUUCAAAAAGUACGUGCACAUAUUGGACACCACGUCGUUCUCGUCCGCGUGUCUGAUCACGGACGUGGAUUUCCUGUUGUUCCACAUGAACAAUUCGAGGUAUCUGCGCGAGGUGGACUUUGCCCGGACUGAGUUCUACACCCGCACCGGGCUGUGGAAGGCGAUCCGUGAGAAGGGUGGUCUGCCGGUGCAGGGUGGCUCCAGCAUCCGGUACCGCAAAUUCAUCCGGACGUUCAGCCUGUACAGCAUAUCGUCCCGGAUUGUGUACUGGGAUCACAAUUCCAUUUACAUGGAGCACAGGUUCGUAGGCCGGGGUGACAAUUUCGUGAACGCGAUCGUACACUGUCGGCAAAGAGUGAUUAACUGUAACGUCGACGAGCUGAUGGGCGAGUUGCUGGCCAAGAACGCCAAAGAGAACCCCGGGAACCAGGAGGCGCCUAGGUUAAAGCCCGAAUGCCCGUUGGAGGUCCACCACUGGAUACAGGCCAACAUAGUGUCCAGCGCCAACCUGCGAAACGGUAACUGACCGACCACGUUGCCUCUUUAUUACCCCGUACGGUAUUCUUAUGUUCCGAUCGGAGCGUUCUCGUGGCAGAGAGCUCGUUCCCAGCGGUGGGUAUAGUUGUCCGUUUUCCGGUGUGGGUGGUCCGUCGAAACGUAGGAUAAGACUAUAGAGAAAGCGCAAUUGCUUCCCCGAGGAUUUAGGCUGAUUUUAAACGGUUAAUCAAUUUUCCGUUCACGGCCAAACAAAUGUCUCUUACAGUAGUUCGUGUAGUUUUAUCGUAGUGACGUCAACCCUCCCUCGAACGGGCUUCGUUGCCCAUCACUUUACCUAUGCUUUUUCGACUGAAUUUUAACGUCACACUUAAUGUCGUUAAUAUAUAUUUGUGUACAAUAAUUUUUUUAUUUCCAUCCAUCGCGAUCACGUUCCGUUACAUUAACGUUUGUCGUUCUUUUUUUAUUUUCCAUUUUUAUAAUUGUAAACAUUUAUUAAUUUAUAAAUAUAACAAUACUGUACCGGUGAUGUCACGUCUCGUCUGAUUUUUUUACUUUUUAAACGAAUCACACUCGCCAGUAUUUGUAUUACUAUUGCAGGUAUUGCUUAGCCCCUAUAUACUAUUUCAUCGUUGUUUAUGUAGGCAUGAUACGUACUCCGAAUAUAUUAAUAACAAUAUAAUAUAUAUAUAAUUGAUUUUGUAUUAUGUAUAUACAUAUAUAUUUAUUAUAUCUUUCCCAGGAAAGAAAGAGUGUAAGUUAAUUUUGUAGGUAUAGAUUUCAAUACAAGUAAAUUUAAUUUCGAAGAUACAUACACUAAUUUUGAAAGCACGCAAGAUUAUAUGUAAUUUACACCGAAAAAUUAAGUGAAAAAAAUUGCACAGUAUAAAAUUAUAGAAAAAAAAUAUAUCAAAAAAUUAACUCUCGCCCUUUUUUUCUUGGACCAGAGAUAUACCUACAGUAAUAAAAUAAAAUAUAGAUAUUAAGAUCCAUACAAUUCUAGUCAUUAGUUUAUUUCUUCAUGUUGUUUUAUUAAGUAUAUAUAGUUUCGUUUAUAACGGUAGACACAUUAUUCACGUUUAGUUUUUAUUACGAUAAUAUAUAUUUAUAUAAAUAAUACAAUUUCAAUUAUCUUAUACGUGAAUUGCUAUUAUAUAUUCGUACGAUUUUUUUUUACAAAAAUCGUGAAACAAACGAGUACUCGAGUAAAAAAUGAUUAAUUUAGAGUAUAUUUUAUGCAGGCGCAGGUAUGCCGACCGCGAUUUUGAUCGUUUUCGAAUAAUAUUGUGAUAUUAUAUAGGAGUUUUAUAUUAAUUUUUUUAUUUAUUUAUAUAUAUAUGUAUUACUUAUUCAUAACUUUUUUGUAAAAAAAAGAGUGAGACGUACGUGCUCACAAUUGUUUUACUUAAAGAGUUGACACGUAAUGUUCGUUGUUUUUUUUUUGUUUGUCAGCAACGAAUGAGUUUUGUUAAGUGUAAACUAUAUUUUGCAGUAAUAUAACAUCAUCAUAUUAUGUGUUUUACAUUCAAAA